AUGAGGGGGCGAACGUUGGCGUCAUUAAACGCAUCGCCGUUAUUGGACUGCUCGACAUAUGUGCAGAUUAACAUCUACGACACAAAUAUAAAAACCCUUCGAGAGAUGGGCGUCGACAUAGAGCAUGUGCUUAAACACACAGGAUUCCGUUCUCUGGUUAUGGAUGUGCCUCUUCUUAGUCAGAAAGCAUGUGAAUUUUCGUCCACAGAAAAACAACAUCAUAUGAAUUCACUACGUUAUUUUGGAGAACGUAGUCCCAGUUCAGCUGCUGUGUCUACUGCUGAUUGUUCUCGUGCAUCAUACGACACUUCCUCGCCUGAAGUUACAGUUGGUUCAUGUUCACAUCAGAAUGAAGGCAAGACCAGACCAUUUGAUGGUGUGAUAAAGGAAGAGAAGCAUAGCGAACCAAAUGGCGAAGUCGCUGAGUUGCUGGGACCACGUUCAGGACUGUUUACUGCCACGACUGGCCACGUAUCAUGUUCAGAUGAUGAUACUUUCCAAGAUUGCAUCCAAGAACCGGAAAAGAUUGCAGUUCAUCACAAAGUUGCCGGAUCCGAAGUACCUUCCAAUGCUGCCUCAUCUAUUAGAGAGUUCUCGCGUGUAGACACUAUGUCGUUGCUACCAUUUAGCGAAUAUAAUGUAGGAGAAUCUCAACUGAAUAGCAUCACUCGAAUGGAGCCGGAUCGUUCAUUUAUAAUUUCAUCAGGACACGCUCCCAAAGUUCCAUGUAGUGUUCCCGUAAAUCCCUUGAUGUCAACGGAAGCAAUGCUUUCUGAAUGUGACGAUAGGAGAAAAGACGGAAUAUUUGAUGAUAUUCUCUCCAUAAAAAGCUCGAAUGAAUACCAAACAAGUGGAAUUGUCGCUGAAUCUGACGCUCCGUAUACCCUGACAGAUCUCACUCUCAGCACCAACACUGACAUAAUAAAGACAGCUGAGAGAAUCCCUAACGAGCGCGAGAACGACACUAGUCCAAACGGGCAGUUAGAUGAUGACGUAAUAUUCCAAGAUUGCAUACAAAGAUCUGAUGAAGACGAUGUUACUGACACUGGAGCGCCUAUGACACAGCAACGGCGCAAGCGCGCUCGUCGCUCCUCGGGUACAUUUCAGAACUCACACAGAAAUCUGCAAAACAGUAUGGAAGAGAGUACACAUGAUACACAUACUACAAAGCGGAACUGCUCCGUGUCGUCACGACCGCAAAAUGAACGGAUCUUUCAGUGCAAGUUCCCAUUUUGUCUGGUAAAGAUUAGUUGGAGGCCAAGAUACGGUAAAAAUCGACUCGUGGAUCAUGUCAGAUUACAUUGGGGCAAGAAAGUCAAGAAAUGCAAUUUGUGUGAUUACGCAGCUCCACACUGGCGAAAGGUGCAGCUUCACCAUAAACGCUUUCACAGUGAUGUUAAAUUUACAGGAGUUCGUUCUCUCGAAACAAGGGAGGAUAUGGAAGAGUUAAUGGCUUUGUGGAAGCAGUGCUUUCCUGGUGCUGUCAUGGAAGAGUUCUGUGAUACCAUGCUGGCACGAGAUAAACGCACUAGUCCGGGCUUGUUGUGUAUAGCCUCACUAGAAGGCUUCAGUUGA